GGUCACGUGACGCGGCCCUGCUCCUGCCCCCGCGCCGCCGCCGCACGCCGAUGGCUGCGGGGUCUCGCGCCGCCGCACAGUCCACACGAGGCGAGCGACCCUCGGGCCCUGAGCGGCGGCGGCUGCUACGAGGAUAAAGAGGGCGGCGCGGAAGUCAGGCUAGUGUCGUCGGCAGCAGCCGCUCGGCCCUGUGAGGAAAAGAGGCUGUGGCAGCGACGCCGACGUCCUGCGCGUACCCCCUCUCCUCGGCACCCACCGGGCCCCCUCCUCCUCCUCCUCGGCGGCGGCGGCGGCGGCGGCGGCAGCGGCCACCAUCUUCCUCUUGCUGCCAGUGGUAGCGCUCGUCUGGCGGAGCUGGGGGAAAGAAUCAAGAACAAUUUGAGGAAAUUUUGGUAGAUUUGGAGCCAAUCUAAAAAAUCUUGGAAUUUUGGAAGCCAAGAUGUUUUGGGGCUGAAAGACACACAGAAGUCUUCAUGGAUAUAGUUGAUACAUUUAAUCAUUUAAUUCCUACUGAACACUUAGAUGAUGCCCUAUUUCUAGGAUCCAACCUGGAGAAUGAAGUCUGUGAGGAUUUUAGUACAAGUCAAAAUGUCUUAGAGGACUCGCUGAAGAACAUGCUCAGCGAUAAGGAUCCUAUGCUAGGAUCUGCAAGUAACCAGUUCUGUUUGCCUGUUUUGGAUAGCAAUGAUCCCAAUUUCCAGAUGCCUUGUUCAACAGUUGUUGGUCUUGACGAUAUUAUGGACGAAGGUGUUGUUAAAGAAAGUGGCAAUGAUACCAUUGAUGAAGAAGAACUGAUUUUACCUAACAGGAAUUUGAGGGACAAAGUAGAAGAAAAUUCAGUGAGGUCACCAAGAAAAUCACCUCGUUUAAUGGCACAAGAGCAAGUAAGAAGUUUGCGACAAAGUACUAUUGCCAAGCGUUCAAAUGCAGCACCUUUAAAUAGCACAAAAAAAGCAUCUGGGAAGACUGUAUCUGCCUCUAAAGCAGGGGUGAAACAUCCAGAAAGGUGUCAGAUUAAAGAAGUUUCUGUAUCACCGAAACCUGAAUACCAUAAAGAGAGCAGAAGGAGCAGCCGACAUACUGGACAAAUUGAAGUGGUACCAGAAGUAUCCGUGUCUUCAAGUCAUUCUUCAGUGUCAUCUUGUCUUGAAAUGAAGGAUGAAGCUGGAUUAGAUUCUAAGCAGAAGUGUGAUAAUCAGGGAGAAGCAAAUGUGCCAUCUCAUGAAUUAAAUUGUUCACUCCUUUCAGAGACUUGUGUUAGUACUGAAGAAAAGAAAAAUGAAACUCUGAUGGACUGUAAAGUCAAGACUGUUAGUAGCCCACUGUUUAAGUUUUCAGAUAAAGAAGAACAGAAUGAUUCUAUUUCAGUUAAGCUGGAUGGCAGUGUUGUUGAAGAAGUGCAGGAAAAGGGAAAAGGUGAACAGGAGUCAAAUGAAACAGUAAAAUUAUCUGAUGAAGAUGACCAAUUUAUUGAGGAGCCUACAUCUUCGGCCUCUCUCUCUGAUGCUGCUGCUUGUACAAAUCCAAAUAAAACAGUAAAGAACCUUAUAGGUUUGUCUAGUUCUGUGGAUGAAAUAAAUGAAUGUAAUUUGGAAUUGAAGGAGACCAUGGAAGUUGCCGAUAAAGUGAAGAACUCCCUUCAAAGAAAUGAUAUGGAAUCGUUGGGUUAUUGUAAUGACACAGAGUCUAAUGAUAAGCAGUUGCAGAGUAUGGAAUUUAAUAAAUCAAACUUAGACAUGGUUGAUGCUAAUGCUUUUGAACCAGAAAGUAAUAUUUUAGAAAAUGCUAUUUGUGAUGCACCUGACCAAAAUUCAGAACAGUUGAAUGUUGUUGAAAGUAUUAAAAUGGAGUCUCAUGAAAUAGCAAACCUUCAGGAUGACAGAAACAGCCAGUCAAGUAGUGUUUCUUGCUUUGAGUCAAAAAACAUAAAAUCCAAACAAACAAAACCUGUGAUUCGUUCUAAGCAAAACAUGACCACAGAUACUCUGAAAAAAAUUGUUGCAGCAAAGCACGAACUAAUACAUAACAAAACUAAGGUUAAUGUCAAAAGCGUGAAACGAAAUGUUGAUGAACUAGAAACUCAGCAAAAUUUUCAUAGGCCAGUCAAAGUGAGAAAAAAACAGGUUGAUAAGGAUUCAAAAAUCAAUUCUGGGGUUAAAUCUGUGAAAAAUCAAACUCCUAUAUUGAAGAAAACAUCACAAGAUCAAAAUUUAGUGCAGGUUUCCAAACCUUAUUCUUUGAGUGAUAAACCUCAUGGUCACCCUGGUGGCUCUAAAGAACCCCAUCAUCCUCCACAAACUGGGCAUUUAUUACAUUCCAGCCAGAAACAGUGCCAUAAGCCACAGCAGCUGGCUGCAGUGAUGAAAACUAAUAGCCAUGUGAAGGAAGAUCUUGAACAUGCAGGUGGUGUAGAACAUUUUAAGGAGGAAGAUAAAAUGAAACUGAAAAAACCUGAGAAGAACCUACAACCCCGCCAGAGAAGAAGCAGCAAAAGUUUUUCUUUGGAUGAGCCACCAUUGUUCAUUCCAGACAACAUAGCUACUAUAAAAAAAGAAGGUUCAGAUCAUAGCUCUUCAUUUGAAAGCAAAUAUAUGUGGACUCCCAGCAAGCAGUGUGGGUUUUGCAAAAAACCACAUGGCAACAGGUUUAUGGUUGGCUGUGGGAGAUGUGAUGACUGGUUUCAUGGUGAUUGUGUUGGGUUAAGUCUUUGCCAAGCACAGCAAAUGGGAGAGGAAGACAAAGAAUAUGUGUGUGUGAAAUGUUGUGCUGAAGAAGAUAAAAAGACUGAAAUAGUAGAUCCAGAUAUUUUGGAAAACCAGGCCAAAGUUGAAGUCCAUAGUGAAGAUAGGACAAUGGAAUAUGAAAAGCUUGGGUUUUCAAAGCACACACCAACAAAUGACAAAACCAAAUAUAUAGAAGAUACAGUGAAGCACAAGGUCAAAAUUUUAAAGCGGGAAUCUGGUGAAGGCAAAAACUCAUCAGACUGUAGAGACAGUGAAAUCAAAAAGUGGCAGCUAGCUCCUCUUCGAAAGAUGGGACAACCAAUUUUACCUCGGAGAUCCUCAGAAGAAAAGAGUGAAAAAAUACCAAAAGAACUUACAACUGUUAUUUGUACAGGAGAAAAAGGUUCCAAACCAGGGGCUCAUGAGAAGCAAGAGAUAAAAAAGAAGAAAAUUGAAAAGGGAGUGCCUAAUGUGCAUCCUCCUGCUACUUCUACUUCCAAGCCUUCUGCAGAUCAGAUCAGACAAAGUGUCAGGCAUUCUCUCAAAGACAUUCUUAUGAAAAGACUUACAGAGUCAAAUUUGAAGGUACCAGAGGAAAAAGCAGCAAAGGUUGCCACAAAAAUUGAAAAAGAGCUUUUCUCUUUUUUUCGGGACACAGAUGCUAAAUAUAAGAACAAAUAUAGAAGUUUGAUGUUCAAUCUGAAAGAUCCUAAAAACAACAUAUUAUUUAAAAAAGUACUGAAAGGAGAAGUAACCCCUGAUCAUCUUAUAAGAAUGAGUCCAGAAGAACUAGCUUCUAAAGAGUUAGCUGCUUGGAGACGGAGAGAAAACAGACAUACCAUAGAGAUGAUUGAGAAAGAGCAGAGAGAAGUGGAAAGACGACCAAUCACAAAAAUAACUCAUAAAGGUGAAAUAGAAAUUGAGAGUGAUGCCCCAAUGAAGGAGCAGGAAGCAGCCAUGGAGAUUCAGGAACCUACAGCUAACAAGUCAUUGGAGAAGACAGAAGGAUCUGAAAAACAGAAAGAAGAGAUUGACUCUAUGUCUAAAGACACCACUAGUCAACAUAGACAGCAUCUUUUUGAUCUUAACUGUAAAAUUUGCAUAGGUCGAAUGGCACCACCCGUAGAUGAUCUUUCUCCAAAAAAAGUUAAAGUUGUUGUUGGAGUAUCUCGUAAACAUUCGGAUAAUGAAGCAGAAAGUAUAGCAGAUGCACUGUCUUCAACCUCAAACAUUUUGGCUUCUGAAUUCUUUGAAGAGGAAAAACAAGAGUCACCGAAAUCAACAUUCUCUCCUGCUCCACGACCAGAGAUGCCCGGAACUGUUGAAGUUGAGUCUACCUUCCUGGCUCGAUUGAACUUUAUCUGGAAAGGUUUUAUCAACAUGCCUUCUGUAGCAAAAUUUGUCACCAAAGCCUACCCGGUAUCUGGAUCCCCUGAGUAUUUGACAGAGGAUCUACCAGAUAGUAUUCAAGUAGGUGGCAGGAUAUCACCUCAGACAGUUUGGGAUUAUGUUGAAAAAAUUAAAGCAUCAGGAACUAAGGAAAUUUGUGUGGUUCGCUUCACACCUGUAACUGAAGAAGAUCAAAUUUCUUAUACUUUGCUGUUUGCAUACUUCAGUAGCAGAAAGCGCUAUGGAGUAGCCGCUAACAACAUGAAGCAGGUUAAAGAUAUGUACCUUAUUCCUUUGGGUGCUGCAGAUAAAAUUCCACACCCUCUUGUGCCUUUUGAUGGACCUGGUCUUGAACUGCAUAGACCCAAUCUGUUGUUGGGCUUAAUUAUUCGUCAAAAACUGAAGCGGCAACAUAGUGCUAGUGUUGGCACUAGUCAUACAGCUGAGACUUCUGAAAGCGUACCAAUGGCAUUGCCACCUGAUAAAAAAAGUAAAAUGGAAGUUUCCACAGAAGAAACACCAGAGGAAGAAAAUGACUUUUUUAAUUCUUUUACAACUGUAUUACACAAGCAGAGAAAUAAGCCUCAGCAGACUCUUCAGGAAGACCUUCCAACAGUGAUUGAACCGUUAGUGGAAGUCACCAAGCAGGAGCCACCAAAACCUUUAAGAUUUCUUCCUGGGGUAUUGAUUGGCUGGGAAAAUCAGCCUUCUACUCUGGAAUUAGCAAAUAAACCUCUUCCUGUGGAUGAUAUACUUCAGAGCCUUUUGGGCACUACUGGUCAGGUAUAUGAACAGACUCAAUCAGUGAUAGAACAAAACACUGUUAAAGAAAUUCCUUUUCUAAAUGAGCAAGCUGACCCCAAAGCAGAGAAAAUAGACAAAGUGGAAGUAACUGAUGGUGAAGCCAAGGAGGUAAAAGUUAAAGCAGAUGAUAUUUCAGAGUCUACAGGUAAUUCAGUAAUAGGAGGAGAAGAAACAUCAGCAGUGGGGUCUUCUUCCAUUUCUGCUGGACCUUCGACGAGUCUUAGCCUCAGAGGUAAACCACCAGAUGUUUCUACAGAGGCAUUCUUAACAAAUUUAUCAAUUCAAUCAAAACAGGAAGAAACUGUGGAGAAUAAAGAGAGAACAGUAAAAAGGCAGCUACUGCAAGAUCAAGAGAAUAGUACGCAAGAUAAUUGGACUUCAAAUACUAGUUCUCCAUGCAGGUCUAAUGUAGGAAAAGGAAACACAGAUAGUAAUGUCAGUUGCAGUGAAAACCUUAUUGCUAAUACAACAAGGUCCCCACAGUUUAUCAACUUGAAACGGGAUCCUAGACAAGCAGCAGGACGAAGUCAGCAGAUAACUGCUUCAGAAAAUAAAGAUGGAGAUAAUUGCCGGAAUGGAGAGAAACAUAACCCGCCUGGUCUGUCACACAAGGAGCACUUAACAGAACAAAUCAAUGUAGAGGAAAAGUUGCCUUCUGCAGAGAAAAACUCAUGUGUUCAGCAGGGUGAUAAUUCAGGGACUGCAGAAAACUCACCGUCAGUAGAAAGCAUACAUAAUUCUCAAACAGAACAAGCAAAACCCUUACAGGAGGAUAUUUUAAUGCAAAAUAUUGAAACUGUGCAUCCAUUUCGAAGAGGAUCGACAGCAGCAACAUCUCAUUUUGAAGGUGGAAACACAUGUCAAUCAGAAUUUCCUUCCAAAAGCAUUAACUUUACUUCCAGAAGCACCAGCCCCAGAACAAGUGCAAACUUUUCACCCAUGAGGCCACAGCAGCCCAACCUUCAGCAUCUCAAGUCUAACCCCCCUGGAUUUCCAUUUCCAGGACCUCCUAAUUUCCCCCCACAAGGCAUGUUUGGAUUUCCACCGCAUUUACCACCUCCUUUACUUCCCCCUCCAGGCUUUGGCUUUGCUCAGAAUCCCAUGGUUCCCUGGCCACCUGUUGUUCACCUGACAGGCCAGCCACAACGUAUGAUGGGUCCCCUUUCACAAGCAUCAAGGUAUAUAGGCCCACAAAGUUUUUACCAGGUUAAAGACAUUCGAAGACCAGAAAGGCGCCACAGUGACCCUUGGGGUAGGCAAGACCAACAGCAACUGGAUAGGCCAUUUAAUAGGGGUAAAGGGGAUCGACAGAGAUUUUAUAGUGAUUCACACCAUUUGAAAAGAGAGCGACAUGAAAAAGAAUGGGAGCAAGAGUCUGAAAGGCAUAGACGCAGAGACAGAACCCAAGACAAGGACAGAGACAGAAAAAGGGAGGAAGGGCACAAAGAUAAAGAGAGGGCACGGUUAUCGCAUGGUGAUCGAGGAGCAGAUGGAAAAGCAAGCCGGGAUAGUAGGAAUGUAGACAAGAAACCCGAUAAACCUAAAGGUGAAGACCAUGAAAAGGACAAAGAACGAGAGAAAAGUAAACAUAGAGAAGGAGAAAAGGACAGAGAUAGGUACCACAAAGAUAGGGACCACACUGACAGAGCUAAAAGCAAAAGGUAAAAUUUGCAGGCUGCUUCAGGAUUACAUUUCAAUAACUUAAAUGUUGUAUCUUAAAAACUUUAUGAUUGCCUGCUAGGAUUGUGCCAUCUUUUAAAUUUUUAAUAUUGGUGGUUUGCAGAACAAUAAAAUCUGUGUGUUGGUGCAGAGUGCUCUCUGGACCAGUGCUUGUCAUCCUUCUUCAUACCAACUGUCCCUAGUUCUAGGAAUUUAAUAUUUUUAAAAGUUUUACAUUGCUGUAUAUUCAAAGAUUUGUUUUAUUAAUAUGCAAUAAAGGGUUAGAAAUUUUAGUUUUAUUCCUUACUUGGUAAAUAUGGUUAACUAUGGAAUAUAUUUACUGCCUCUAGUGAAUGUUCUUUAUAUAAUGACUAAUUUGAGAGUAAUGUGUGCUCUGUAAGUUUGUUUAAAUUGCACUGUUUUUAAAGAAACUGUAGAGGAGAAGCAGAAAGCCAAGCAACUUCAUAAUCAGAUUAUAUUAAUCAUUUAGUUGAGCAGUUUUUGACCAAGAAUCAGACGCCCAAGGGGUACAUUUAUUGCUUUAAUCUGCACUCAUUGAAGGCAUUUAUUACCAUUACUACAACUUUGUGGUAGGCCAUUUUAUUCCUUUUCAUUUUUGGCUCUUUGGAAACUUGAAUACUUAAGCUUGUACAUGAUCUUGUGUUUUGCUAUCCUUUUUACUGUAAAAUGUAAAUAUUUUAAGGGAUAUUUUGAUUCUAAAUAUGAUAAAAGAAUUUCUCACCUAUUUUGUGUGUGUGAUUUGAAAUUCAGUAGUAAGAGUAUUCUUUAAAGCUUUAAUUAUCGUUAGAUACUAAACCCUUACUCCACCAAGACCAUAGAGGCAUAGCUGUCUGUGUCAGGCAGUAGAUGAGGGAAAAGACAACUUCUGUACCAUAGAUUACAGGCUAUUGCGGUGUAAAUCAUGUAGUUUUAAAGAAGCUCUGAAUUGAGAACUAAUGAAAAACUGUUAUAGUUAUAGCUCACUUUAUAGGUAUGUUUCCGAAAACUUGUAUACCAUCAAAAUUUGGUACACUGACUAAUCAUUACAGAACCUUUAUUUUAGAGAAACAUGUUAUGAAUCUCUUUGCAAACGGUGUAAUGAACUCUUAAUUUGUUGGUGGAGGAGGGGGGAUAACUAGAGUUUUGUAUGCUAGUAUUUCUUGAAAUAGAAAACACCUGGAGGCUUAAUCCAAAUUUAAAUUUGCUUGCACCCUAAAUUACCUACUGUAUUGAUUUCUAUAAUUAAAACCAGUAGCUACCGAAAGAUACUAGUACUUGAGACCAAAAAAGAAAACAUUAUUUUUGCUCAUCUGUAUUAAUGAAGAAAAAUAUAAAUGACUUCACAAAAUUACAAAGAUAAAGUUCAAUUUCUUAGAAAGUAUAAAGAUUACAGUUAAAAAUAGGUUUUAAAAAUGAGCUUUGCUGUUCUCACUGGAGAGAAAAGGAGCUGAAAUUCAAAACCGAACAUUUUGUCUAAUUUGCAAUAACUUGCAACCCUUUUUUGUCAUCUUUAUUCUCCAAAAUUAAUGAUCAUAAAAGUUCUGAAAUAGAGGACUUGUAUUUAAAUAAAGUUUGUUUAAUUUUGGUCUA